AUGGCUGGACUACGAACUCUUGCCUUCGUUUUGGCUGUUGGAUUUUUGCUUGUCAUAUUGUCAUGUGCCUUAUAUCAUAACUGGUGGCCAUUGUUUGUUGUUGCAACCUAUGUACUUGCUCCCCUUCCAAACGCCUUGAGUGCACGGUGCGCAGGAGGAGAUGACUUGAUGUCUGAUUACCACAAUGGUGCCGUUGAUGCUGGCGAAUUUAUAACCGGGAUAUUUAUUGUCACAGGAUUUUGUCUGCCCCUUGUUCUUGCUCAUGCAGAAGUGAUAACGAUUCCAGCAAUGGUCAUGAGCAUCAUUGGCGGCAUUUUAGUAUAUGGCACCAUCAUCGCAUACACGCAUUUCUUUGCAAAUGAAGGAGAGGAUUUCUAA